AAUAAAUGGGUUGAUGUUGUGGUUCCAUGUCUCCGUAAAGAAUGUACUGUGUACCAGAUAUGGUAGUUUUGACUUGGAAGUUCUCUCUCUGGAACGCCCAAGUAAUACCCGCAACGACUCUGGUUUCAGAAAACUGAGAUUCUUCUUCAAUUUUUCUUCAGCACUUGAUCCCAUGAUCACAGUUAUGUUUGGCUGUGGAAUAGAUAUUCAGCUGUUGAGUUUUAUGUUAAGAUGAUUACAAGUUGAUGCUGUGGUUGGAUUGGUUCAUAGGAGCAACCGAGUUACUCUAAUGAAUUGUUUCUCUCUUUUUUUCCGGAAAAGGGGGUCUUCCUCAGCUACACAAUCAACCGGAUUGGAUUUAGAUAUUUCAAGCAUUCAAAAUGUCAAUCUUUACACUUACAAGGAAUUGGAUAUUGCCACCGAAGGUUUCAGUCUGGCAAACAAAAAAGGGGAGGGAGGUUUUGGAUCAGUUUAUAAGGGAAAGCUGAUAAAUGGUGAUCUGGCUGCUGUGAAGGUUUUGUCAACUGAAUCAAGACAAGGUGUCCACGAGUUCUUGACAGAAAUCAAGGUGAUCAGUAGUAUAGAGCAUGAGAAUUUAGUUAAGUUGUACGGAUGUUGUGUGGAAGGAAACCACAGGAUUUUGGUAUAUGGCUAUCUUGAGAAUAACAGCCUAGCACAAACACUUCUACGUAGGGGCCAUAGUAGCAUCCUAUUCAGUUGGCAUAUACGUCGUAACAUCUGCAUUGGUGUUUCCCGUGGCCUUGCAUUCCUUCAUGAUGAAGUUCAGCCACAUAUUAUUCAUAGAGACAUUAAAGCAAGCAAUAUACUACUCGAUAAAGAUCUCCAGCCCAAAAUUUCAGAUUUUGGUCUAGCAAAGCUUAUUCCACCAAAUCUCACCCAUAUUAGUACACAUGUUGCUGGAACAUUUGGCUAUGUGGCGCCUGAAUAUGCAAUACGGAAUCAGGUGACUAGAAAAUCAGAUGUCUAUAGUUUUGGAGUUCUACUACUAGAAAUUGUUAGUGGGAGGGCUAACACGAACAGACAUUUACUUGCCGAAGAACGGUAUCUUCAUAUAAGGGCAUGGGAUUUGUAUGAGAAGGGGGAGUUGGAUAGUUUGGUGGAUGUAUCUCUAGACAGAGACUUCAAUGUUGAGGAGGCAAUAAGAUUUUGUAAAAUUGGUCUUCUUUGCAUUCAAGAUUCUCUUCAGCUCCGACCUUCUAUGUCCACUGUGUUUGACAUGCUGAUUGGAAAAAGGGAUGUGAAUGAGGAGAAGAUGACAAAACCUUACUUAAUAUUUCAGUUUGUGGAGGCCAAAGACCAAGGGAAACAGAAAGGCAAGGCUGAAGUAGAAGAAACGUCUCUUUUGGCUGGUUCAGAGAGGCAAGAUGAUUCAUCUUUAUCAGGAACCAUGAGUUCUUUUGCGACUAUGACCUUCACAUCAAUUUAUGACCGAAGCAAUUAGGUUCCCUAUUGCUAGGAUACUUACGUCUUGCAGGUGAUAAGUUUUUCAAAAUUCACCUCCUAUCCAAGGUUGUCCAUCUUCACUGCCUUUUGGUGCUACAAACUACUGUGUAAAUUAAUAUAUCUUCUACUCAUACUAGUCAACUACUCACAUUACUGGUUCAAUUUAGGAUCCCUUCAGUUAAAACUUUAUAUAGGUUUGUCUUCAAUUUUUGCCAAGUAACACAGUAUUUCAGGAGGUUGUUUAGUUUUGCUUUUGCUUUUGAUGGGUCAUGUGCUGGCCUUUGUGUAAGAAUAAUGCUAUUUCCAUUACUUGCACAUCCGAGAAAACAAAAAUCACUGAUUCUGUGCAUGGAUGGUCCACCAAAGUAUCUUCAAAAAUAGAGUUGCCUCUCCAGUGACUUCUUUUUCCUCUAUUCUCUCCCACCAAGGGGGAGUUUGUGACUAUAUAUUUUUGUGCGACAAGAUUUUCUUCCACCAAUGAAAUGACUUUAUGUUGAAAUAUU